AUGUUGACAAAACAGAGUGAGGAGCAGCUACAGGGCUGUGGUUUGGAACUACGUGGAAAACGAGGUGGUGGUCUCGGCAGGCAGUGGCGAUCCGGAGGACUUGGUAAGAUUUGGAGCUUGGUGCUGGUAUUUUUCCGCCGCUGGAUACUGGUAUUAUUGCCGCUACACGACGAUAUUUCUUUUGCACAUGGGACAUUCUUCUGCUUAUACCUGAGGUACGAAUAA